CAGUUGGGCUCGACCGCCAUCGGCUUGAAGACUAAGGAGGGUGUUGUCCUGGCUGUUGAGAAACGUGUCACCUCACCGCUGCUCGAACCAAGCAGUGUGGAGAAAAUCAUGGAAAUUGAUGAGCAUGUAGGCUGUGCCAUGAGUGGCCUUAUUGCUGAUGCUAGAACACUGGUUGAGCAUGCUCGUGUUGAGACCCAGAAUCAUAGGUUCUCAUAUGGGGAGCCAAUGACAGUAGAAUCUACCACGCAAGCUAUCUGCGACUUGGCUUUGCGCUUUGGCGAAGGUGAAGAAGAGUCGAUGUCACGACCUUUCGGAGUCUCUCUCCUUAUUGCUGGUCAUGAUGAAAACGGACCCAGCUUGUACUACACAGACCCAUCUGGGACCUUCUGGCAAUGCAACGCCAAGGCAAUUGGAUCAGGUUCUGAAGGAGCUGAUAGCUCACUACAAGAGCAGUACAACAAGGAACUGACCAUUGCUGAGGCAGAGACCAUUGCUCUUUCUAUCCUGAAGCAGGUUAUGGAAGAAAAGGUGACCCCAAACAACGUUGACAUAGCAAAGGUGUCCCCCAGCUACCACCUCUACACCCCUGCAGAGGUCGAAGCGGUCAUUGCGCGGUUGUGAAGCAUUUGCCACUUUGUGAAACAGUCUCUUGCUAUUCCCAUGAACCCUAAAGCACGAUGGACUGUUGAUGUGGGUUUUCUGCCUAUUCCUGUCAUAAUUAUCGUUCUUUAAGAAUUAUUUGUGCCUGCAUCUGAUUUCUGAUCUCCCAGUCCAGACUCUUUUUUUCUGUUUCCAGUAGCAUUAAGACAUUGUACCACCAAAACGAGUUACACAUAUUUUUCAAACA